AGACUUUUUCAGUUGCAGUUCAAAGGAGCCUAGAGUCAGAUGUGGAAACCCAAUGAGCAGAGUUUGACUGAAGAAAAUAGCUGGUGAUAAAAAGUGGUGCUGCUGCUGAGUUAGGACCCGAAGAAAUAUAGACGCUAUGGGAAGACAGGCGGUGCUCUUCAUUUUGCUCCCGCUCAUUUUUGAGCUUUCUCAGUGCACACAGAUCCAGACGAUCCACGGCUCAACUCUGGUGCUGCCCUGUAUGCAUCCAGAAAGUGACUCUAAUGGGAUGGAAGUUUCUUGGAAAUUCCAAGGAGAGGUGAUACGUCCUGUUCUUAAGCAUGGAUCGGCUUCAUUUGCAAAACAAGGCCAGCUUGUUAUUUCUCCAGUAACAUUUAGUAGUGCAGGAGAAUAUGAAUGUUUUACAAAUGGGACGGAUGUGGAGAUAAUGGGAAAAUAUAGUGUCAGAGUGAUGGGAUAUUUUGAAUUCUUUGUGAAGGUGACUGAGGGCUCCAGUGUGCACAUACCGUGCUAUCACCCGACUUCCGACCAAAGCAAGCCCAACGCACUGUGGUUUAAGGAAGAGGAAUCUGGCAAAAGAACAAAGCUGAACACGGAGGAUGAGUCGAAUGAAAAGAAGAAAGUAGAGCUGCUCUAUCCAGGUGAUCCUGAUCAGACCAUCAUACUCAGAGAAGCUGCUAUGGAGGAUGCUGGACUGUACACAUGUGAAAGUCACAAUGGAGGGAAGCACACCACCGCUUACCUUAGUGUGGAAGUUCGUCCCACUGCACCGCCGCUGAAAUGCGAAGGCUUUGAUGAGGAGUGCCAGGAUGAGAACAGCCGCAUAGCCGAAGCUCUGCUGCGAGAAUCCCUGACAGAGUUUUCCAUGAAUGUGUUUUCUCACCUCAGAGAACUCCAGCCUUCAAAUAACUUACUCUUUUCUCCAAUCAGCAUCAGUGUGUUGCUCUCCAAUCUGUUAUUAGGUGCCGGUGAUGACACCCGCAGAGCCCUUCAGAGUGCCAUCUUUGUGCCUCAUGAUUUCAACUGCAUUCACUCUCAGAUGAAGAAGCUGAGAGAAAAGAUGAGCCAGUCUUUGCAAAUGGCAUCCCAGAUCUAUUAUAACCCUCAAAUGAAUCUGAGUGAGUCUUUUACAAACCGGUCCAUUCAGCACUAUGAAGCAAAGCCUGUACAGCUGCUGGAAACCCCAGAGGAAAAUGCAUUCAUGAUAAACAGCUGGGUGGCCAACAAGACUAAAAACAAAAUCACACAUUUGGUGGACUCAGUUCCACCCAGCACGCAGGUGAUCAUACUCAGCGCCGUCUCAUUUGAAGGUCUGUGGCACAGCAAUUUUAAGUUGAAACAACAAAAAGAAUUCUUCACAAAACUGGAUGGGGAUCUCAUAAGUGUGCCUGUCUUGUAUCACCCAAAAUACCGGGCAGUUGCAAGAACUGUAGCGGAGCUGAAUGCACGGGUGGCAAAGUUGUCCCUCACAGGUGACAACAGUCUGUACAUCCUUCUGCCUCGCAACAACAAACUAACCGAGCUGGAGCAAGUGGAGGCGAGCAUGACGGACUCAUCUGUGCGUAAAAUGAUAGAGCAAAUGAAAGAGGCCUCUCCAGAGCAAAUUGAGAUGACUCUGCCGCUGAUCAAGCUGGAUGUAGAGUCAGACAUCAAGAUACUUAUGAUGAAAUUAGGCCUUUCAUCACUUUUCGAGGGGGCCAACUUGUGCGGCCUUUUCCCUGGAGAGAGGGUGGUUCUGAACAGUGCCAAGCAUAAAGCCUUCCUGGCACUGACUGAAAAGGGAGUUCAGGCUGGGGCUGUCACCAGCGUGUCCAUUUCCCGUAGCUUUCCUGUUUUUUCUGCCCUGCGACCUUUCGUCCUGCUGCUGUGGAACGACCAGGCAGAUGUGCCGCUUUUUAUCGGCAGAGUGACCGAGCCAUAAAACAUGGAAAGGGAAUGUUUAAUCCAGAAAGAAGUCUCAGUUUUUACUUGAUGAGUCAACAAACAUUGAUGUGGAUUUUCUUUAACCACGACAAAUAAACAUGUAAAUGCAAACGCC